CCUACUGCUCAUCAAAACGGUCGUACGCUAUAUUGCUAUCUCCGUUUCCAUUUCCCCUUUCCCCUUUCCCUUUCGGACGCAGUCUCCACCAAGCCGUUCCUCUAAUGUCUUAAGUCUAUUAUUACUAAACAGAAUCAUUCAUUGAUAGAGUUUUGAGCUCGAGUCAUGGAAUUGAAAAGUAUAGCUCCCUUCUGCUGUGUUCCUACAGUUUUUGUACUGGCAGUGGUCUUGUUGCUAUCGUGCUGCUGUGAUCGGGUUCAAAGUGGUGAUAUUGUUCACCAUGAUGAUGUAGCUCCAAGGAGAGCUGGCUGCGAUAACAAUUUUGUUCUGGUGAAAGUUGCAACCUGGAUCAAUGGUGAAGAGGAGAUGGAGUUUGUAGGAGUUGGUGCUAGAUUUGGCCCAACCCUGGAGUCAAAAGAGAAGCGUGCCAACCAAAUAAGACUUGCUAUUGCUGACCCACCUGAUCUAUGUAGCAAACCGAAGAAUAAGCUUACUGGCAAGGCCAUACUAGUGCAUCGUGGCAAUUGCAGUUUCACUACCAAAGCUAAUGUUGCAGAUGAUGCUCAUGCUUCAGCUAUCCUCAUUAUAAACAACCAAACAGAGCUCUUCAAGAUGGUCUGUCAAGGAAAUGAAACUGAUUUGGUUAUUCGCAUACCUGCUAUCAUGCUCCCACAAGAUGCUGGCAAAAGCUUGAUAGACAAUAUCAUGAACAAGUCAGAGGUUUCUGUGCAGCUGUAUUCCCCAAGGCGUCCAGUGGUCGAUGUAGCUGAAGUAUUUCUGUGGCUUAUGGCUGUUACAACCAUUUUAUUUGCAUCAUAUUGGUCAGCAUGGUCUGCCAGAGAAGCAGCAAUUCAGCAGGAUAAGCUACUGAAAGAUGGCUCGGAUGAAUACAGUGGCAUGGAUGCCACACAAUCUAGUGGUGUGGUAGACAUCAACACAAUGUCAGCAAUUCUCUUUGUUGUCAUGGCUUCUUGUUUCCUGAUCAUGCUUUACAAACUAAUGUCAGUCUGGUUCCUGGAAAUUCUCGUGGUUUUAUUCUGCAUUGGUGGUGUAGAGGGUCUGCAGACCUGUUUGGUUGCCUUGUUAUCCUGUUGCAGAUGGUUUGAACAUGCUGCAGAGACUUUUAUUAAAGUACCUUUACUUGGGGCCGUAUCAUAUCUCACUCUUGUUGUUUCUCCAUUCUGCAUAGCAUUUGCUGUCAUGUGGGCCGUUUUUAGACGUGUCUCCUUUGCCUGGAUAGGUCAAGAUAUACUUGGUAUUGCAUUGAUUAUCACAGUUCUCCAGAUUGUUCGAGUUCCCAAUCUCAAGGUUGGAACAGUGCUUCUUGGUUGUGCUUUCUUGUAUGACCUUUUCUGGGUCUUUGUUUCAAAAUGGUGGUUUCAUGAAAGCGUGAUGAUAGUGGUUGCUCGGGGUGAUAAAAGUGGAGAAGAUGGAAUACCCAUGCUGCUGAAAAUCCCACGGAUGUUUGACCCUUGGGGUGGCUAUAGUGUCAUUGGUUUUGGUGACAUUAUCAUACCGGGUUUACUAGUAGUAUUUUCACUAAGGUAUGACUGGCUAUCUAAGAAGAGUCUCCGUACAGGUUACUUUCUAUGGGCAAUGAUGGCUUAUGGUUUAGGUUUGCUUGUAACCUAUUUGGCUCUCAACUUGAUGGAUGGACAUGGGCAACCUGCAUUGCUUUACAUAGUUCCUUUCACUUUAGGAACGUUUUUGACAUUAGGAAAGAAAAGAGGUGAUCUCAAGCACUUAUGGACGAAGGGGGAUCCUGACCGGCCUUGUCCCCAUGUCCAACUUCAACCCGCAGAUUAAGUAAAUACCGCAAACAACCAAUCUGAUCUGAUAUAGAGUGCAUAGAUAAGAAGUUUGAGAACCACAUGGAUACAAGCGUCUUGUAACAUGUUCUCCUUCUUGAACUUGGAAUGUAUAAAUGUAAAAUGUGGAUGUAUCUUUCUAAGUAACAAGAACAUGUAUUAAGAUGCACUAGUCAAACUCCAACAAUGGCUUGUGCUUGAAAGAAUCUCUCUGCUAUAAAUUAUAUGGGUCUGCUAAAAACCUUAUAAAUGCUGAAUGGCAAAGUUUGGGUUUCACAUUCUAACUUAGAUGGCUAGAUGGCAGGUAACAAUAAAGGAUGGUCAGAAUCCAUGAAUGUGCCUGUGGUUGACAGAUGAUCUACAAUCUGUUAUUGUUUUUAAUGAGAAUUCUUCAUUUUAGCCUGUGGUUGACAGAUGAUGUGCCUAAACACCUACCUCUUCAAUGGCUAUCAGCAUUGAAAUGCAUGAAGACAUGAAUAAUGUUUGAGCUUCUCAUAACGGAAAUGACAGUACAUUUGGUGCUUGUCGAUGCAGGGAUGAGGGAUGGAUUCGACCAUCCGGGGAUAUACAAUCAAGCUGAUGCAGGGAUGAGGGAUGUAUCCGGCCAUCCGCGGAUGUAUACACUAUCAAACGGAUGAAUCCCCUGAUAGUGUAUACUCUUUUAUUUAAAAAUUUAAAAAUAAAAAUGUAUUCUCAUUACAGAUAACAAGACAUUUAAAACCACUGUACCUGAAAUUUACACUGACAAAAAAAUCCGUAGCGUUCUUAACAAGUGUUCUAGAAAUCGGCAUUGGUGGAUUUUAAUGAUAUCUUUAAGUGAUAUCAAAUGAAAAAAAUGUGUUUAUAAAGUGCUG